CUUGGGCUGUGCAAGUGAAGCAUCAGAGACACAGGAGAUGCAAGUGUUCCAAGUGAAGGUGUUGUUCUUCUUCACUUAUUUUAUCUAAAAUGCACUUAUCCCACAGCCCACAACAGCAUCUGGGUAUGCCCUCUUUAGUGAUGCCACCUCCAGGCUGUCCCAAAUAAUCAUCAGUGUUGUCCCGUGUACAGGUUUGCAGUGCUGGAAGGACUGGCCAGAAAAGAGAGAGUGCUGGAGACCCAGCUUCUGGAUUUUAUCAGCUGGAGGAGAAAUACCAGCAGCCAGGAUGAGGGAGGGGAUCCCAGCCCUCCUGCCUGCCAGGGGCAGCCUCUAGGCAUGCCAGUAUUUCCUUGACUUCUAGUCUGUUCUUCACAGCAAAUCAUGAUUUCCUCUCACAAAGAGGUGUAAAAUUAUCCCUUCCAACCUGGCUGGAUAAUAUCUGGGAUAACCCAGAGUGAUAAUCCAGAAGGACAGGGCUUGGAGCAACCUGGUCUAGUGGAAGGUGUCCCUGCCCAUAGCAGAGAAGUAGAACAAGAUGGGCUUUAAGGUCCCUUCCAACCCAAACCACUCUGUGACUCUGUGCUGGGAGUGCUGUGGAGUCUCUGGAGGGACCAGAGGCCUGGCAGAGGGAUCUGCACAGAUUCACCCCUGUGACCAAUGGCACAGAAUCACUAAAUCCAAGUGCUGGAUUGUGCAUCAAUGCUGAGCACAAGUGAAUGUCAGGUGUCUCAUCAUUUUCAGCCUCUGCCUGGGACUUACCUGCCUCUCAGCAUUCUUCCAUAUGAAGAAUAAUUACAGGAUCUCAAAGAGCCAGGAGGAGCUGCUGAUCCCUCCCACGCCAUGCCAUGCCAAGACAAACGUCAUGUUCCUCAAAACCCACAAGACUGCCAGCAGCACUGUGCUCAACAUCAUGUUCAGGUUCGCAGAGAGGUACAACCUCACUGUCGCCCUCCCUGCUGACCAGCUCUUGCACCUGGGAUACCCAAGGACUUUCGUGGCCCAGUUUGUGGAGGGUUUUAAAACCAUAGGCCAAAAUUACAACAUCAUGUGCAACCACCUGCGGUUUAACCCUUUGGAGGUAAAAAGGGUGAUGGCAGCCAACACCUUCUACUUCUCCAUCCUGAGGAACCCCAUUCCUCUGCUGGAGUCUUCCUACAUCUACUACAAGAACAAUGCGCCUGCCUUCAGUAACUCCAAGAAUGUGAACGAGUUCCUGGCAUCACCAACAAAGUAUUACCACCCAGAAAGUUACAGGGAAAACAUCUACGCCAGGAAUAUCAUGUGGUUUGACUUCGGCUACGAUAACAACGCGGAGGAUGACACGCAGUACACCCAGGCUGUCCUGGAGGAGAUUGAACAGAACUUCCACCUCAUCUUGAUAGCAGACUACUUUGAUGAGUCCAUGAUCCUCUUGAAGCACACUUUGUGCUGGGAUCUGGAUGAUGUAAUUUACUUCAAGCUCAAUUCCAGAAGCCAGGACACUGUCCAGACGUUGACUCCGGAAAGCGAGGAGCAGAUAAAAACAUGGUGCUCACUGGACUGGAAGCUGUACCUGCACUUCAACCAGAGCUUCUGGAGAAGAAUUGAGGAGACCAUAGGGCUUGAGGUGCUGAAAAAGGAGGUGGGUCACCUGCGGGCCAGACAGAAGGAGCUCAUGGAGACUUGUCUCUCAGGGCAGGAGGCAGUGAGGAAAGAUGACAUCAGGAAUAAAGCUCUCCUGCCUUUCCAGUCAGGGGCUGCAAACAUCCUGGGUUACAACCUCAAACAAGAUUUAGAUAACAGGACUCUGAGAACCUGCCUGAAAAUGGUGAUGCCAGAGCUCCAGUACACAUCUUACCUUUACACUGUCCAACACCCGCACAAGAAGAGGAAAGGUGUGGAAUUCCCAUUGCUGUGGACCAACCUCCAGGAGAGGAGUGUCCAGCUCCCAGAGUCCAGCUAGGACAUGUGGCAACCCACUGUGGCUUCCCACUGCUUUGCAUCACCCCUUGUCUGACUCA